CCUGUCUCUUUGUUUCCGGAAAAAAAAACCCAUAUUUCUUAUCAGUCAACUGGCGUAAUUCCGGUUCAAUCGCUGUCGUCUUAUUUUCUCCGAGGGGACGAGAAAGGCAAGGGGGAGUAGGCGAGGGAGCGGAAGCGGGGGCAAUGUCGAGGGCCGGGGGGAUCACGAACGCGGUCAACGUGGGGAUCGCCGUCCAAGCCGAUUGGGAGAACCGCGAGUUCAUCUCCAAUAUCUCCCUCAACGUCCGCCGUCUCUUCGAAUUCCUCCUCCAAUUCGAGGCUACAACGAAGAGCAAAUUAGCAGCUCUAAAUGAAAAGCUCGACAUCUUAGAGCAUCGGCUCGAGGUGCUUGAAGUCCAAGUGAGCACGGCAACUGCAAAUCCAUCUGUUUUCACUUAAGAUGUAUUUAAAUGCUGUCAAAUAUUGUAACAAAGUGCAUUAUGCCAGCAGAGAAUUAGCACUAUUCUGUCUAUUCUAAACAUCUUGUGCCACGCAAUCAUGGAACCUGUUUUGUUGCUUUUGCUCAUUUACCUGAUUACUGCAAUUGUUAACAAAUACUGUAAAAUUCCAGCAUCCAAUGUCAAACUCACUGUCAACUUCCUCAAGAAA